AUGACGAUGCUUUUCAUCAACACAUUGAAGGCGCCGUUUAUCACCCAUAUGUUAGGAAGUGCCUCAAAGAGUUUCUCGGAUAUAAUCAUGAAUGGCGAAAUGAUUGAACAUGCUAUUAAAAGCAGAAAAAUAGAUAGUGGGGAGAAUAAUCGAAGGUCAGCUCCAAAGAAAAGAGAAAGUGAAGUAAACAAUGUGAACGCAUACAGUAAAUCAAUUACAGUGAAUCAACCAAGGAAGAUGGUUGCUGAUCAACAAGGCUCAUCAAAACAAGAAUCAGGAAUGAGGCAAAAUACUAAGAAGCCCCAAUUCACGCCCAUUCCAAUGACAUAUAAAGAGCUGUAUCAGAAUUUAUUUAAUGCACAUGUUAUUGCUCCUCGUUACUUGAAUCCUCUACAACCCCCAUAUCCAAAAUGUACAGAAAGUCCGUUGCCCAAUCAUGAUGAUAAGGGAGUGAAUAUGUUGGGCGAAGGUACGGGGGAAGAAGUCAAGACUGACAUUGCUGAAGUAAAAACUCCAUUGAAAUGGGUCUGGAAAGAGAUGGCAAAAAGAGGGGCUUUGGUUCAAAGCAUGAUGGAUAACAAGGAGAUGAGGUUCUAUGAAGAUGUGGAAGAAAGGAGGAGCAUAUGCGCGACAGAGUCAGGAACAGGGACAUCGAAAAUAAAUCAUCUUGUGGUCAUUAUUUCACGCCCUAAGAAUAAUGAGGCUAGGGUUCAGGUAACACCAAAAAUUGUAAUCAUGAAACCGUCAAGUUUCACAUAUAAGGAUGAUAAAAUGGUCUCGUGGAAUUACAGAUGCAAUGUGACAAUCCCAGGAAAAGAAGUUGAGGGAAAUAUGGUAAAAGAAUAUCAGGAAAGGGGUUCUUACACGCGCAAUAGGAAACGAUAUGACGCUCAAGCAGAAUCGUCAAGAGAGAAGAAUUGGAAAAAAGAACAGAGGAAAGGGAAGGCAAUGGAAGUUGAGCCAUUGGUUAAUGAACCAAUAAAAGAAGAUGAGGCAAAGGAGUUUUUGAAGUUUUUAAAACAUAGCGAAUACAGUGUUGUGGAGCAAUUGCACAAACAGUCGACCUGCAUUUCUAUAUUAGCUUUGCUCUUAAGUUCUGAAGUGCAUCGAAGUGCACUGAUGAAAGUACUAAAUGAAACAUAUGUGGCUGAUGAUAUCUUAGUAAGCAAGCUAGACCGGUUGGUCAACAAUAUAAGUGCUGACAAUUUUAUCUUCUUCAAUGAUGACGAAAUAUCGUCUGGCGGUAGAGGUUCUACUAAGGCUUUGCACAUUACUACCCGAUGCAAGGGGUACACACUGCUAGGGGUCUUGGUCGAUAAUGGAUCUGCACUAAACGUAUUGCCUUUAUCUACUCUCAAUCGGUUACUGGUGGAUAGUUCACACAUGAAAGCAUGCCAGAGCAUAGUCAGGGCAUUUGAUGGAAUCGAAAGGAGGGUUAUGGGGAGAAUUGAAGUACCCGCUAAUGAUUGGCCCAACUACUUAUGA